AUCGAUACACGGCAAAGCCAGGAGUGUGUCCAAUCACACACGGAGAUGGAGCGUGUGCUGAAAUGUGUUUCCGUGACGAUGACUGUCCGGGGGAUGAGAAAUGCUGCAGAAAUGGAUGUGGACGGCAGUGUACAGCUCCAUAUAGAGGGGAACCAAAGCCUGGAGUGUGUCCAAGUGAAGUCCUUUCAGUAGGAGUGGCAGCAGUGUGUGUCGAGUUAUGUUCCCAUGACAGUGAUUGUCCAAAAGAUGAGAAAUGCUGCAGCAAUGGAUGUGGACAUCAGUGUACAGCUCCAUAUACAGAUGAACCAAAGCCAGGAGUGUGUCCGAAACUCCCUGGAGGAGUGGUAGGACUGUGUGUCGAGUCGUGUUCCCAUGACCGUGACUGUCCGAAUGAUGAGAAAUGCUGCAGCAAUGGAUGUGGACAUCAGUGUUCAGGUCCAUUUAAAGAUAAACCAAAGCCAGGAGUGUGUCCGAAACUCCCAGGAGGAGUGGUAGGACUGUGUGUCGAGUCGUGUUCCUAUGACCGUGACUGUCCAAAAGAUGAGAAAUGCUGCAGCAAUGGAUGUGGACAUCAGUGUUCAGCUCCAUAUAGAGAUGAACCAAAGCCAGGAGUGUGUCCGAAACUCCCUGGAGGAGUGGUAGGACUGUGUUUCGAGUCGUGUUCCUAUGACAGUGACUGUCCAAAAGAUGAGAAAUGCUGCAGCAAUGGAUGUGGACAUCAGUGUUCAGCUCCAUUUAAAGCGAAACCAAAGCCCGGAGUGUGUCCAAACAAAAUCCCUGCAGUAGAAAGAAAAUGUUCCGAGUCAUGUUCCCAAGACAGCGAUUGUCCGAAAGAUGAGAAAUGCUGCAGCACUGGAUGUGGACAUCAGUGUACAGCUCCAUAUACAGCGAAGCCAGGGGUGUGUCUAGUCAAACCCAUUGGAGGAGUGUGUAAGGAUUCAUGUGUCGAUGACAGUGAAUGUCCGAAUACUGAGAAAUGCUGCAGCAAUGCAUGUGGACGUCAGUGUCGGGCUCCAUCCAUAGAUAAACCAAAGCCAGGAGUGUGUCCAAGCAAACUCAUUGGACUUGGAGUGUGUAAUAAGCCAUGUUCCUAUGACAGUGACUGUCCGGACGAUGACAAAUGCUGCAGCACUAGAUGUGGACGACAAUGUGUGACGCCUGGUAAAUGUUUUGGACCGUAUUCGCCUUUUUGCCGAGAAAUAGAUCCAUGAUGGCCAAUGUCCUGCCAGACAGAAGUGUUGCCCAACCACCUGUGGCCAUGCUUGCAGUUACCAGUGCUGAUGAUUUAGCCAUCGGAAAGAGUCCUCUGAGAUUGAUUUUUGCAUACCAUACUUGAGGACUUUUCAGCAAAUAAAAAUGUUUAGUAAAAAAAC